AAUUACGUAACCUUAGGCCAGAAGGAGAUUUAUAUUUAAAGUGCAGUUGGAGGGUUCGUUAUAUAUUAUUUAAACGUAAUUAUGUGAUAUAAGGCCGCGUUGUUACAUUGCUCAUUAAAUUAAGAAGGAAGUUAAUGGCUACAUGCAUAUUUUAGAGUGACACAAUUUGCUUCUACGCGGCGCGGUUUCAACCUAAGCAGUAAAAUACGUACUUCUCAUACAAUUACCCUCUUAUAGUAUGCCGCAGGAAAAUUAUUUCUCACCCGUUAGAAAGUACUCGAAACUAUCGGGAUUGUUCCUUAACAAAGAUGUUAGCAAAUAUGAGAGCAUGAUUUCCGUUGCUAUUAUGUGCUAUUUCUACAUUUUUGUCGUUUGCAAAAUCCUUGUAUUCUUUGAAGAUGUCGGCGUGUCUAACAAUAUGCAAGAUAUCGUAGUAUUGUUCGUCUUUACUAACGUAAUCCCACAUUCCACAAUAAUUAGACUUAAACGCAUGGAUUUGGUCGAAUUGAUGAGAAUGGCUGAGGAGAUCUACGUUUGCGAGAGCGAUGCCCUAAAUGCCUUUUACGAAAAAAUGAACAAACAGGCGGCUCUUGUGCAAAAGUUGGUGUGUCCUUUUGGAAUCGGUGUUGUCGUACUAGCGUUUCUCAUGUGGUUUGUGACUGGAAAUGAAGAUCCAUUACCGUUUGGACUAAUGCCUUCCUGGGCGAUGAGCUACAGUCUUAUAGGUUGCGCCUUCUGGGAAGUUCUUACCUCUCUUUUUUUAUCACACGAGUACACGAUAUGCAUGGGAAUAAAACUAUGCGUUUUAGUACAUCUGUAUGAGCACUUCACGCAUUUGAAAGCCGAAAUUCAGAGUCUCGACCACGACUGUCGAGAAAGGCGCUCGGAUUCACAUUAUCUCCAGAACCGACUAGCAAGCAUAUCAAGGUAUCACGCCUCCAUUCGGGCCCUCGCUCAGAAGGCAGACGCCACCUUUAAUUUAUGCCUUCUAUCCAUUUACCUGAAUUGGUCAAUUUUCAUAUGCACUUGUUUGCUUCGUAUCGGCUACAUUCAGCUGUUCAGCGGCGAAUUCUGGUAUUUGGUUAUCUACUUAAGUGCGGGAUGCUCCCUGCUCUUCGGGGACUGCUUUUUCACCCAGAGAGUGAUAAACGAAAGCGAAACCGUUGGAGACGCUUGCUACCAAAUCGAUUUCGUCGGAUGCGACUUGCAGUUCCAAAAGUCUCUGGCGAUGGUCAUUAAAGAAGGACAAGAGCCCGUUGUCUUUACCAUCGGGAAAUUCGGAAAUUUCUCUGUUGUGUCCAUACAGAUUAUUUUGAAAGCGUCGUUCUCCUACUAUACUUUCUUGAGGAGUUUCAGCUGAACGAAGCGCGCAUCAUGGAAGUGAUCUUCA